GCUAAUACGAUCCUCAAAUCUGGUCGACAAUUCAUAUCAUAUUUAGCAAAUAUGUCGCCAUUUAAACACCUGUUAGGUAACUCCACCGCGCCAUGUGCGCGUCACAAACUUGGAUUACGAAAGCCGAAGACUAAUGUGAGAGGAUUGUUUCACCAACAGCGAGCGGACUGCCACAUCAGUUUCAAACGCUUCCGCGCCAUGGCUGCGAUAUUGCUUGGAUGGAUGUUCCGUCUUCUUCGAUACAAUGAGGUGAAAUACACGUUGCUCGGGUUAUUCAUUGGACUGUCUGUGUGGUACUUGGGAGCUGGUGCGGCAUUCCACCGGACCAUAUGGUUCAGGGCAAAUGGACUCCAUCACCGAGUGCUCCGAAACAGCGGAAGCGGAUGCCACUGCACCAUCAAAGACCGGAAACAAAACAUCUACUUCCUGAAGGUCCACAAAUCAGGUUCCACCACCUUGGCCAGUAUUUUCGUUCGCCACGCCAAGAAGCACAAACUUAUUCUGGGCAAGACAACCAGGCGUGUGACGGGCUGGAUCGGAUGGCCUUCUCCAAUGAUGCCAAAGCAUCUAUGGAAGGCGUCCAUAGUUGAUAAAAAACUGACUUUAGGUGGGCCGCUUAUAAACGUCAUCGCUAUGCAUUCCAUCUACAACAGGGAUACGGUUAAAUCCGUCAUGCCCGCGGAUACCGCGUCCAUUGGUAUUCUCCGGAGCCCGUUCUCCCACUUCCAGUCCUUGUUUGACUAUUAUCAGUUCAAUAUCGCCAAACAGGUCAAACUCGAGAAGUUCGAUGCCAUGAAAGAGUAUUUAGAAAACCCAGAAAAAUAUGAGAAGCCGUUUUUUAGCAAAAAGUGGGUCCGCAAUUUUCAAUUCACGGAGUUCGGUUACGCGGAUAAAGACGUCACCAAUGUCGCGGCCAUCAGUUCGUACAUCAAAUAUUUAGACAAUAAUUUUCUGACUGUGGCGAUCCUUGAACACUUAGAUGAAUCGUUGAUACUGUUGCGCCGGUUGCUUUGUUGGAAGAUAGAAGACAUUAUUGUUCUGCAUAUGAACAAAAAUAACCAUAAAGUCCACGCGGUGAAAAAGGGUACAGAAAUGUACGGUUACCUUAGACGUCUGCACGAACAAUGGAGCACGGCAGACUAUAUGUUGUAUGAUCAUUUUAAUCAAACUUUAUGGCAGCAAAUCAAACUCCAAGGCUCGACUUUUUAUUCGGAGUUGAGGUUUUAUCGACUUUUGAUGAAAGAUAUCAAGCGCUUUUGCCAGGGCGCGGGAGGAGAUCCGUAUAGAGUGAGUCGUGCGAUCGGGGACUCGGAGAUAACCGUCUCGAAUUCUGAUUGGACAGACGAGUUCAGAAUCACCAGAGCAACGUGUACCAAGUUAAGCAAGCGGCUUUAUGCUAAUGUGGAUUUAUUUGUUAACAAAAUACCUUGAAUCUGAGCACAAUUUGUCCCUUGACCUUUGAUACAAUCAUGACAUUUAUAAGCCGUCCAAUAAAAAUACAUGUAGAUAAAUACUGCUUUUUCGAGACUGUAAUUCCGAUGGACCAGAAGAGGAUGUCACCACGAGCAUGACUUUUGUCCAGAGAGUUUCGAUGUUCUCUCACCAACAAAGAGGGGAAAUGUCAGGUUAUGAUUCAAAUUUGUA